UUUAUUAUUUUCAAUCAUUUUGAAUUAUAAUAAUCAGUCUUUUCGAUGUUACUACUUACUCAUAUUAUCUAGGUACUCUAUUCGUUAUUAAAGUUAUUAUGGUUUGGCUGAGUAGAGUAACCAUAGCGCCCAUAAGGUUCUCCAUACAUCGUGACAUUUAUUUCGUCUAAAAAAGUCUGGUUUAUUUUAUUUCUCAACCUAAUUUUUUGGAUAAUAGUUAGUUUUUCCAUUUCCGGUGAAAUACGCAUUAAAAAAUGGUUAUCAUCUGAUUUUUUUUCAACUGGUGUAUUUUUAGACAUAUUAUAGUUUUCUAAAAGUUUUUUUGUUGCUUAAAUUUAUGCUGUGGAUGGCCAAACUUCCAAAUAGCUGGUCUUGCCAGUAUUUAGGUAAUAAAAAACUCUGUAUUCAUUUUUCGCCGCGCAAACGACUAAACUUAUUUAAUCUCUGCUCUAUUCGCCGCGACUGCCGCUCGACUCCGUGGCUCGCGCCGUACUGAUGCAUGUCUUUGUUUUGCUCGCCCGCCGCGACGCCAGUUGCCCGCGCGGUUCGCUCGGUACAUUUCGCCGGUCGCCGUUGCGCGUGACUUGAUUAGUACAUUGCUAUGAGUUUAUUUCAGUCGCUAGACGCUUCGCCGUUCGCACCGGCCGAAUAUUCGCAUCAGCGAAUGUCCCCUGGUCAGGCUGUUAGUACAGCACGUGCAUAGUGGCUCAAAAGUCUACAUUUUUUUAGUCGACUGCCUACCUGUAACACCACCACCAUGACUGACCAUCUUUUCAGUGGGACAGUUGUUUGGACUGACUUUGCUGGACUUUCUCUAAUUCUCCACUUCUUCAGCCAUACUUAAAUUUUAUCCAGGCUUUCUUGCAAUUUAUUGGAUGCUAUUGUUUGAUCUUUAUGACUGGAAGAAAACUGCAGUGUCUACUGCAUAGGUUGCAGUCACCACUUCUUCUGAGAUGGGUAGGUCAUCAGUUUAGAUUAUAUACAGGACGAGACCAAUCACUAAACCCUGGGGGACUCCUGCUUGUAUUUGUCAGACGGAGGAGUGAUUUUAUAGGGAAAAUAGUAAUAGUCUUGCAGGUAGGUAGUUUAAUAGGUAAUUUCAGAAUAUUGGAGGAAACCUGUCUGAGUAGCUGACCAAUUUAUGAAUUGGUUAUGACCAAGGAUGCCUGAAUGGCCUUGCAUCCAUGCUUAAACUAUGUUAAUAUUAAGGUCGUAGCACUCUUUCAAUGAUUCCCUUAUUUUGAGUAUAAUCGGAAACUGACUUUGACCUAAAUGGAUGACCUAAUUUGAUAGUAUUGAUUGAAGGAAACUUUAAGAAUCUGAAAUAAUAAUAGAAUUGUUCAGCAAGAAUUAUUACUGGUAUAUCUAGAGGGUCAUCUUCUGGGAUACCUAACACAUAGAUGGCGGCCCGUCUAUUUAAAGCAGGCUAGUCUGGCAGUUAGCCUGGAUAUAGCAAAGGCCUUCGAUAGUGUAUGGCACAAGGCGCUCCUCUUGAAACUUCCAUCAUUUGAGUUUCCCGAUAGUGUAUGCAAGUGGAUCGCCAGCUUCUUCACUGGGCGCAGCAUGCAGGUCGUUUUCGCCGGAUAUUGCUUGAGCCCGAAGCUUUUGAACGCCUGAGUUAUCCCCUACAAUUUUUUUGCAUAUCAAUUAUAUGGAACGCCUAAAAGUCCUGGAAAAAACGUGUUUCUUCUAUCAAGUCCUCCCAUGAGAGUAUUGCGAAAUGGGUUAAAAACUUGUCUAAUUUCAAUUUAUUUAUUGAAAAAAUAAAAUGAAUAAAUAAAAGUAAGAAUCUUGCUUUAGAAGCUAUUUAACACUUUGCCUUAACUAGAUAGCACUUUGAUUCAGAGAGCUGACAUACAAACUAAAUAAUCACUAUAAAGAUUCAAGUCUUCAAUGAAAUGAGUAUUAAUUAAUUCAAAUAAAAGUGUUUAUUUUUUGUGAAUAAAUAAAUUGAAUUGGGACAAGUUUUUAACCCAUUUUGCAAUACUGUCAUGGGAGGACUUGACAGGUGUUUGGUAAUUAGCGGCGAUUGGCGUACUGGUGAGCUAAUUGACCAAGGGAAGGAGAAUGAGCAAGGAAAUGAACAAGUGAUACACUGCUUUUCAAUUGCAAUUUAUUAUCAAAAAAAUCAUAAAUUGGCGCGGAUUUUAAAUGAAACUGAAUAAUACCAGUGGGAGGCACCUUUGCACAGGAUGCCGGCUAGAUUAUAGGUACCACAACGUCGCAUCUUUCUGCCGUGAAGCAGUAACGUAUCAACAUUACUGUGUUUCGGUUUGAAGGGCGCCAUAGCUAGUGAAAUUACUGUGCAAUUGAGACUUAACAUCUUAUGUCUCAAGGUGAUGAGCGCAAAUGUAGUGCCGCUCAGAAUUGUUGGGUUCCUCAAGAAUCCCGACUGUGAUGUAUCAGUCAACCAGCUCUGUAAAAAACAGCUCAGAGUUAACUUAGUGAGGUUGGAGAAUUGCAAUGGUAAGAUUACGCUCUAACACUUAGUUUUUAGUAAAAAAAAACCUCGGCACAGAUAAAAUUAUUAUUCGAAUUUCAAACCAUUUAAAUCAGCCCAAACAGACAUGAAACCUUUGCUGUAUGUUAUUCAGGAAUAUGGGUAUCUUAAAGUUUCAUGUGGCAUAAGUUUAAGGUGACCAUAUUUUAAAAAUACAAUUGAAGAACAUAAAUCAGAAAAUACUAAUAAUCUUUCAGUGUACAAAAUAAUUUCUUGCAAAAACGAAGAAGCAAUAUCUCGAAUUCUAGUCUAAGAACACUCAAUUAAGUUGCAAUUAGACAAAAUACACUAAAUUAAAAUAAGCAAAGCUGUAUUUUUUUUUUUCAAAAAAUAGUAUUUGUAAUAUAUUUUUAAAUAUAACGAUAAUAAUUUUUAUCUUACAGUUAAUAAAAACAUAAUGCAGCACUACAAUCAAUCUGAUGAUUUGAAGAAACACAAUAUACUACACACUGUUGAAAAGCCAUAUCCUUGUAAAGUGUGUGGUAAGAGCUUCUAUCGAUCUAAUCAUUUGAAGACACACAAUAGAAUACAUACUGGUGAAAAGCCACAUUCUUGUAAAGAAUGUGGUAAGAGCUUCCAUCGAUCAGGUGACCUAAAGAAACACAACAGAAUACAUACUAGUGAAAAGCCAUAUCAUUGUAAAGUGUGUGGUAAGAGCUUCUAUCAAUCUAAUAAUUUGAAGAGACACAAUAGAAUACAUACUGGUGAAAAGCCAUAUUCUUGUAAUGAAUGUGGUAAGAGCUUCCGUCAUUCAUGUUACUUAAAGAAACACAAUAGAACACAUACUGGUGAAAAGCCAUAUUCUUGUAUUAAGUCAUAUUCUUGUAAUGAAUGUGGUAAGAGCUUCAGUCAAUCAGGUCAUUUGAAGAUUCACAAUAGAAUACACACUGGUGAAAAGCCAUAUUCUUGUAAAGUAUGUGGUAAGAGCUUCGACCGAUCAGGUACUUUGAAGAUUCACAAUAGAAUACACACUGGUGAAAAGCCAUAUUCUUGUAAAGUAUGUGGUAAGAGCUACAGUCAAUCAGGUGACUUAACGAAACACAAUAGAUUACAUACUGGUGAAAAGCCAUAUUCUUGUAAAGUAUGUGGUAAGAACUUCCGUGGAUCAGGUGUCUUAGAGAAACACAAUAGAAUACAUACUGGUGAAAAGCCAUAUUCCUGUAAAGUAUGUGGAAAGAGCUUCAAUCAAUCAAGUGCGUUGAAGAUACACAAUAGAAUACACACUGGUGAAAAGCCAUAUUCUUGUAAAGUAUGUGGUAGGAGCUUCACUCAUUCAAAUAACUUAAAGAGACACGAUAGAAUACAUACUGGUGAAGAACCAUAUUCUUGUAAGUAAUGUGGUAAGAGCUUCAAUCUAUCAGAUCAUUUGAAGAUUCACACUAGAAUACAUACUGGUGAAAAGCCAUAUUCUUGUAAAGUAUGUGGUAGGAGCUUCACUCGAUCAGAAUACUUGAAGAAACAUGAUAGAAUACGUACUGUUGAAAAACCAUAUUCUUGUAAUGAAUGUGGUAAGGGCUUCAAUCUAUCAGAUCAUUUGAAGAUUCACAAUAGAAUACAUACUGGUGAAAAGCCAUGUUCUUUGUAAAGUACAUAUCUGGUAAGAGCUCAGAAUACAGAACAAACCAGAAGGAGUGUUCAAUCACAUUUGUAUGCAGCGAAUUGUGUCCAAAAUGCCUCCCCGCCCGCACCUCACCCGCCCAAGUAGUGUGGCCAGGCACCAUUUCAUUACCCCUUUUGGGGUAAAAUUAAAAUGUCAUGAAGGAACGACUAAGUUAUUUGGUAAAAAUUAUAUCAUUGCUUGAUAAGGCGCAGUUUAUUAAUAAGAAAUAAAAUGGAUGUUUAUAUUGUGAAAGAAAUAUUUUGAGAUAGAUAUAGGUUGCGGGAUGCAUAGUUUUUGCGAAAACUGUGGACUUUAAAUAUUGUAUUCAAAUAUAACGCUAAUUCAUGCAUAUUAUACCCUUUUUGAUUCACGUUGUAGAUGUUCAUCAACUAUUUAUCUAUCAACAAUAAAAUAAUUACCUAAA